AUGGAUAUAAAAAUAGGAUCAUCUCGUUUUAUGCGUAACAUUGCAAUUACAUGUAGAUCGCCUUAAGGUUCAACCAUGGAUGAUAUAAAUGAGAUUUAGCGCGUCUUUUGCUUGAUGGUGUAUUUAUACUACUGAAUAAGUAAUUUGUUUCAACGUUUGGCAUAUUCGCUAUAAACUUAUUAAUUAAAAUCGUCACAAAACUGCGCCGAUUUUAUAUAUUUCUCCAUAAUAGAAACUAAUAAUAUCAAUUAAUACGAGGAGGAGAAUCUUAAGGUACGUGAAAUAACCUCUUUAAUAUAUACGAUUUUCGAACAUAAGCAAAAUGAAUUUUUUACUUUUAGAUUCAACAUUGAAAGAUCAUUGCCACAGGAUGUCGACGGAUUUUUAUAUACGAUAUUAUGUAGGGCACAAGGGAAAAUUCGGUCACGAAUUUCUAGAGUUUGAAUUCAGGCCGGAUGGUAAAUUACGAUACGCAAAUAAUUCAAAUUAUAAGAAUGACACGAUGAUUCGGAAAGAGGCGUAUGUACAUCAGUGUGUGAUGGAGGAGCUGAAGAGGAUCAUUCAAGAUUCUGAAAUUAUGCAGGAGGACGAUUCUUUGUGGCCACAACCAGAUCGCGUUGGACGCCAAGAAUUGGAGAUCGUAAUUGGCGAUGAACAUAUCUCAUUUACAACGUCAAAGACUGGUUCUUUAUUGGAUGUAAAUCAGUCACGAGAUCCAGAAGGGUUAAGAUGCUUCUAUUAUCUUGUACAAGACUUGAAGUGCUUGAAGUAAAAUGUCCUCGCACAAUACUCAAUCAAAUUCAAAUCAUAAAUGUUCAGAUCGAGCUGUUACUGAUUCAGUGCAUUCAAGGUUUCGUUCCUCAGGUGUAUAUUGUGAUACUUGCAAUAUAAAUAUUAUUGGAAAUCAUUCUGCCAUAGAAAAUCAUUUCAAUAGUUCUCAUCCUUCGAAAGAAUUUUGUUGUUACUGUAAAGGCAAAGUAUUCACUUAUACGAUGUCUAAUGAUGAUUGCAUGGAAAAACCAAAGUACAUUGUUUAUCAUAAAUGUAGCAGCACUACAAAGGAAGAAGAAAGUACAAGAGAAUCUCUUUAA